AUGCGCCUCGGUACGGCGCGAGUGCCAAAUUCUCACCCACUCAUCGGUCGCUCAUUAAAGUCAACGCAAACGAUCCUUCCGCGCAAUACUUGGAGAGCUGCAUCAACUGUGACCAACUUGGAUAACUUCCCCAAGGUCGGCGAGAAGCUCCACGGAUUCACCCUGCAGGAGAAGAAACAUGUCCCUGAGCUUCAUCUAACUGCAGUCUGGCUGAAACAUGACCAGACCGAUGCAGACUACAUGCAUGUCGCCAGAGAUGAUAAAAACAAUGUGUUUGGAAUCGGUUUCAAGACGAACCCGCCGGAUGCUACUGGUGUGCCUCAUAUUCUGGAGCAUACUACACUAUGUGGCAGCGAAAAAUUUCCAAUCCGAGACCCGUUCUUUAAGAUGCUUCCGCGCUCCCUCUCAAAUUUCAUGAAUGCUUUCACAGCUUCCGAUCACACUACAUACCCAUUUGCCACAACCAACCAACAGGAUUUUAAAAACCUUCUUUCUGUUUAUCUUGAUGCUACCCUGCACCCUCUUCUCAAGGAAUCGGAUUUCCGACAAGAAGGAUGGCGCUUGGGCCCCGAGGAUCCGCGGGCUGGAGAGUCGGUUCCCGGACAACCCGAAAAACAGCUUUCAUUGGAGGACAUUGUGUUCAAGGGCGUUGUCUACAAUGAGAUGAAGGGCCAGAUCUCUGAUGCAAACUAUCUCUACUAUAUCCGUUUCAAGGAGAGCAUCUUCCCUUCGCUGAACAACUCGGGUGGAGACCCGGAGUACAUCACAGAUCUCACUCAUAAGCAGCUCUCGGAGUUUUCGAAACGCAACUACCACCCCAGCAACUCCAAGAUUCUUACCUAUGGUGAUAUGCCUCUGGCUGAUCACCUGCAGCAGAUCGGUGCCGUCCUGGAUGGCUUCCAGAAAGGACAAGCAGAUACUGACAUCAAGCUACCUCUGGAUCUCACUAAGGGACCUCUCAACGUGACUGUUCCUGGCCCCGUCGAUACAUUUGCGAGCGAAGACAAGCAGCACAAGACAUCCACCUCCUGGUACAUGGGUGACACUACGGACAUUGUGGAAACUUUCUCCGUAGGAAUAGUUUCCUCGCUCCUCCUCGAUGGCUACGGCUCACCCAUGUACCGAGCCCUUGUUGAGAGUGGUCUAGGCUCUUCUUUCACACCGAACACGGGUCUUGACCCAUCUAGCCGGACCCCCAUCUUCUCGGUUGGACUUAAUGGUGUGACUGAAGCGGAAGCCCCCAAUAUCAAAAAUGUGAUUCAAAACGUCUUCCGGGAUUCCGUUUCUGCCGGGUUCAGCGAGGAAAAGGUUCGUGGAUUCCUUCAUCAGCUGGAGCUCUCUCUGCGUCACAAGACUGCAAACUUCGGAAUUGGUGUAAUGGAGAAGACCAUCUCGACUUGGCUCAACGGCUCAAACCCCAUGAAAGAGCUGGCUUGGAAUGAUGUCAUCGACGAGUUUAAGCGCAGAUAUGCGAAACCUGGUUAUCUCGAGUCUUUGGUGGAAAAGUAUCUCAUCAACGACCAAUGUAUGACCUUCACCAUGGUCGGUACUCCCACUUUCAACAAAGAGUUGGACGAGAAGGAGGUGGUGCGCAAGGAUAAGAAACUUGCUCAGCUUAUCGAACAGCACGGAUCAGUUGAGAAGGCUGUCACUAAGCUUGGAGAGGAGGAAUUGGAACUUCUCAAGAUCCAAGAGGACGCUCAUAAUGCUGACCUGAGCUGCCUCCCGUCGUUAAGAGUCAAGGACAUCUCUCGAGAGAAGGAGCGCAAGCCUGUUCGAGAGUCUAAAGUUGAGGGCGCUGACGUCGUCUUGCGCGAAGCUCCCACCAAUGGCUUGACCUACUUCCAGGCCUUGAAUGAAUUUGUUGAUCUACCUGAUGAACUUCGGUUGCUGAUGCCCUUGUUUAACGACUGUGUUAUGCGUUUGGGAACUGCCAACCGGUCGAUGGAACAAUGGGAAGAUUUGAUCAAACUGAAGACCGGAGGAAUUUCGACCUCGUCGUUCCUUGUGUCAUCCCCAACGCACUUGGAUCAGUUCAAGGAGGGCAUGCAGUUCUCUGGAUUCGCUAUCGACAAGAACAUCCCCGAGAUGCUGGAAAUGCUCUCGGUUUUGGUUACAGAGACGGACUUCACGAGCCCAGCAGCGCCUGCGAUGAUUCAAGAACUCUUACGGACGACUACCAAUGGGGCUUUGGAUGCCAUUGCAGGAACUGGACACCGAUUCGCUGUCAAUGCUGCGGCCGCCAGUAUUUCUCGAAGCUUCUGGAUCCAGGAGCAGCAGUCUGGCCUUGAACAACUGCAAGCCACAGCUAACCUGCUCCGGGACGCAGAGUCCUCUCCCGAGCGUCUCCAGGAGCUGAUCGAGAAGCUUCGCCUGAUUCAAUCCUUUGCCAUCUCUUCGUCCAACCUUCGCGUCCGCAUGGUGUGUGAAAAGGAGAGUGCUGGUAAGAACGAAUCGAUUUUGCAAAAGUGGAUUUCCGGACUGCCUCAAACACAGUCCCCAAGCGCCAAUCUCACCACCUCUUCCUUCAAGUCAACCGAUAAGGCCUUCUAUGAUAUGCCGUACAAGGUCUAUUACUCCGGCCAGGCUACCCAGACUGUGCCAUUCGUUGAUCCAUCCAGCGCUCCUCUCAGCAUCUUGUCCCAGCUCCUCACCCACAACUACCUUCACCCCGAGAUCCGAGAGAAGGGAGGUGCAUACGGAGCGGGUGCUAGUAACGGGCCUAUCAAGGGCCUUUUCACCUUUAUGAGUUACCGGGACCCGAACCCUCUCAACUCGCUCAAGGUCUUCAAAAACAGCGGUAUCUUUGCUAGAGAUCGUGCUUGGUCUGAGCGUGAGAUUGAAGAAGCUAAGCUUGGCAUCUUCCAAGGUCUUGAUGCUCCUAUGAGCGUCGACGACGAAGGCGCCCGGUACUUCAUGAGUGGCGUUACCCAUGAAAUGGACCAACGCUGGAGAGAGCAGGUCUUGGAUGUUACAGCCAAGGAUGUCAACGCGGUCGCUGAAAAGUUCCUGGUGAACGGCUCGCGACGAACGACUUGCGUUCUGGGUGAGAAGAAGGACUGGGCUGAUUCGGAAUGGGAGCUGCGCAAGCUUUCUAUGGAUGCCGCUGCGUAA